GGCUUGCGAAGGGCUGACAUUUCUUGAAAGCUUGGAGCCCAUGGUUACUCGUCCAUGUUGUCUCGGACCAAAUCGAUCUCCAAGAUUUGACCAUCCUCCGGGUUUGCACCCUAUGUUUCAAUAUCCUCCAUCCCGUCGAGCUGCCAGCUCACGGCAUCAGCCAUCCUUAGAACCCAGUAUUCUCUCAAACCCCUCGGAUGAAUACCGGUCGCUAAAAAAAUCCGCACUAUCCAGCAUCAAGCCAUGCACGAUGUCGUGCAUAAGGUUCCACUGUUCGUCCCUGUAGAGAGGAUAUACGCUGAAAUGGAAGUACUGGCAUGAUUGCUUGAAGCACGUGUACCUACCUGUACGCGGAUGUAGCUAUAAAGGCGUUGUGAAGCUUAGCAGCGAGGUGUCGCACGAACUUGUAGGCUUGCCCCAGAUUGUUAUGUCCUA